GUUCUGCUCUGUUCAUCUUGUCCGAAACUGAUCCAACCAAGCCAAUUGUGCAGAAGAGCUGAGAGAAACACAACAUGGCUGUUGCCGGAUGUCCGGAUUAUUUCCUGCAUCAUCCUAAUUAUCAGCAGGACAAUAUAGACCUGUCCUCCAAUCACAGACAAGCUGACCUCAUUGGUCCGAGCUUCCAGCAAUCAGCCAAUCGAAGUUCUCCUAACCAUCAAGAGGAUGAUGUCGAUUUGGAGGCCCUGGUGAAUGAUAUGAACUCUUCGCAGGAGAGCCUGCACUCCACCUGCAGUGGUCAGCAGACAGAUUCCACCCCACUACUGCACAAUGGACAGAACUCUUCCUCACUCCACAGUCACAUGCAACACAACCAGCCUCGGCAGGGUCAGCACUUACAUGCGCUAACCCACGUCUCCCCAGAGCCGUCCUCGUCCUCGUCUGCGAACUCACCUCAAACCAUCCUCCGACGGUCACAACCCGUGCACAUCCUCGCUGUCCGGAGGUUGCAGGAGGAGGAGCAGCAGCUGAGGACAUCAUCUCUCCCGGCCAUUCCAAACCCCUUUCCAGAGCUCUGCAGUCCAGCAAGCUCCCCUGUCCUCAGUCCUGGCUCUCUACCCCCUGGAGAAACCUCCACUUGUAAAUAUAUUGUGAAGAUCUUCACUGAAGACGGUAUGGGUAAAGUGGUGGAAAUCCCAGCCGACAUGACAGCCAGGGACCUGUGCCAGCUCCUGGUUUAUAAAAGCCAUUGUGUGGAUGACAACAGUUGGGCACUUGUUGAACACCACCCGCUGAUAGGGCUAGAGCGCUGUCUAGAAGACCAUGAACUGGUGGUUCAGGUCCAGGCCUCAAUGAACAGCGACAGUAGAUUUCUCUUCAGGAAGAACUAUGCCAAAUAUGAAUUCUUCAGAAAUCCCUUGGCAUUUUUCCCAGAGCACAUGGUCGCGUGGUGCCAAGACACCAAUCGUAUGAUUCCACCAUCUCAGCUCCUUCAGAACUUCCUAGGGACCAGUGGCUGUCCAGAGAUCCAGGGGUAUCUGUACGUGAAGGAGGUGGGUAGAAAGUCAUGGAAGAAAGUUUACAUGUUCCUGCGGCGCUCAGGACUCUACUGCUCUACAAAAGGAACCUCUAAGGAGCCCAGACAUCUACAGUUACUAGCAGACAUUGAAGACAGCAACAUCUUCACUGUCAUCACAGGCAAAAAGCAGCACGGUGCACCCACAGACUACGAGUUCUGUAUCAAGCCCAAUAAAUGUCGAGGGGAGUUGAAGGAGUUGAGGAUGCUUUGUGCGGAGGAUGAACAGGGCAGGACCUGUUGGAUGACUGCCUUCCGGCUUUUUAAGUAUGGGAUUGUGUUGUACCAGAAUUAUAAGAUUCCCCAACAAAGAAAAACCUUACUGUCACACUUCUCAGCACCUGUGCGGAGCGUAUCGGAGAAUUCCCUUGUGGCCAUGGAUUUCUCAGGGAGGAUAGGUAGGGUGAUUGACAACCCUGUAGAAGCUCAGAGCGCUGCCAUGGAGGAGGGACAUGCGUGGAGGAAGAGGAGUCAACGAAUGAACAUAAUAGGCUCCCACAGUCCAUUACACCACUCCUCACUAAGCUCAGUCAUCCACAUAGCUCAGUUGUGGUUCCACGGCAGGAUAACCAGAGAAGAAUCCCAUCGCAUUAUCCACCAGCAGGGACAAGUCGAUGGGUUGUUUCUGCUGAGAGUCAGUCAGAGUAACCCCAAGGCGUUUGUGCUCACAUUGUGCCAUCACCAAAAAAUCAAACAUUUCCAGAUACUACCGUGUGAAGAGGAUGGCCAAGUCUUCUUCAGCCUUGACGAUGGCGCCACCAAAUUCACCGACCUGAUUCAGCUGGUGGAGUUCUACCAGCUCAACAGAGGAGUGCUGCCUUGUAAACUCAGACACCCAUGCACCGUUGUGGCCUUAUGACAUAUUCGGAUCACCUGACCCCAAGACUCCUAAAACUUGACCUGACUCUUCCUAAAACAAACAAAACAACAAGAAUCCUUCUGUCGGUUGGUUCUUUUUUUGUUUUUUCUCUUUGCAAGAAGCUGGUGAAUUGGCCGAUGUUCCGUUGUCAGUUUAUAUUGCCGUGAGUCUGCUGGAGACUGCUGACUUGUUGGAAUCCUUUUGCAAGGAUGUUUUUGAGGAGCCAGAUGCACAACUUGCUCACAAGAGGUUCCUCAGUCAAGAAGAGAAAGGAAAUGAACACUGCCGUUUGAGUCAAUGCUGUUGCAAAAUCUUCCACAAUUAUGCUAUCAAUAAGUCAUCAAUAAGCUCGGACACAGUAACUCAAAGUUUACCAUGCAGCUUAAGUGUAGAGACUGCGUUUCCCUUUCCACUGGACAAUCAGCAGGACAGUUGAAGCUUUCGCGUGUAGACAACUCAGCUCUCUGAAAUUCAAACUUCAUCACACGUUUUCAAACGGUAUACUUUAGAUGGAGAGUUGAUUGUCUCUUAGUUUUGCACUCAUCAAACUGGGAGUGGCCUUUGACGGUGCAUGACUUCUACGCUGUCUUAACUUUGAGAUGGUGCCACCGCCAUCUAGUGUCAUAGGCAUGCAUGGAAAUCCAACAUAGACUAGAUUUGGAGGUGCCAGAAAGACUGUUGCUUUUGAAUCCUUUUGAGGUUUGGAAACAUCAGUCGAGUCAAUCUAGCCUGGUGAAAAAUGGCUAAAAUAAAAUCUGUUGAAACAAAGUAUUUUUUUAAUUGCAGACAAUACAAAAUCUGCAUUGUCCACCCUCACAGAAAUGUAUUUGCUCAUCUCUCACCACAUAGGGUUUCUUGCUUAAUGAUGCAUUUAUUGCAGUUAUGUAUUGUUAUCAAUAGUCUCUUUAAUAAUAUAUAAUUUUGAAGAUCACCCUUUCCGUUCUGGAUAUUAGCAACUUUUCAUUAUUCACACAUGCUGCAAUAAGGUCAUUUGGCUUAUUUCUAUGGCAAGCUGCGUAUCAAUAAAGUACGUCCCAUGUAACUUCCACAAAAAAUGAAUAAGCGUUAAACAAACCAUGGUGUCAUUCAGGGUGAAAUAGCAAGUAAUAAAGCUAGAGGAAGUUUGUAACCAGGUAGACAGUUUUAGUGAUUGUAAUGUUGAAAAGUGAAACCAGGUGACUAUUCCGAGAUACAGAAUGGGAUAUAGUAAGUGCAUCCAGAUGCAGGAAUUCACUGCAGGCAAAAGUGUGAGGACACCUGUUGCAAAAGAUAAAGUGGGACAAUGGAGAGUAUCAAUCUUUUGUUCAAUUCACCUCAGCACAGAAAGGAUGACCACUAGCAUUUCAGCAAAUCAAAGGGAAAAAAGUUAACAUAAAAAAGAAACAAAAAUUAACAUUUUUGUCAAAGAAAAUUAGAUCAGCCCAGGGAUACAGUAAAUACUGUGGAAACAUCUGUACUGGUUCUGGACUCUCUUUUUUAAAAUGGUUUUACAUAUUGUUCCACAAAUUGCCUCCUACUGUACCUGUUGAGAUGCUGUUAGACGUAAAUGUGGCUCAGAGCACGGUUUAAUGUGCUCUGACUCCACACCAAUAGUUCACUCUGUGCACUACAUUCUGUAUAACGCAGCCUUUUUUUCUGCCUGGAAGUACUUGUGGACUAAUAUUAUCACAUACACCUCUUGCCUACUGCACGCCGCCUCUUUAUAAAUUCAGGCAGACUGUCUACGGAAAGUUAGCUGUUGCAACAGUAAGUGUUGGAAAAUAUAUAUACAGAGAGAAGAGUAUUGGAAUGGUAGCUGCCUCUCCCUCUCUAUCUCUGCCUUCUCCUUGCCUGUCUCACCCGGUCUCAUCGCACUUUCUUCAGCCUGCUGUGAAAAUGCACUGUCAGCAGUGUGGCAGCAACGUAAAACUGGAAAUUUUAGGAUGCACAAGUACUACAGGGCCCACUUAGAACAUUUUAACCCACAUCCCUUUAUUUUAAUUUACUGAAUUGCUGACGAUAAUGACAGCAUUAGACCGAAAACAAAAGACAUGGAACUCUUACUAGUUAGUUAGCGGGUGCUGGAUACACCUACAUUUGUCCCAGACAAUGCAACUGCAGCACUGCCCUGUACAUUCAGUUCAGAAUCACCCUCUUUGAAACGUCGCACUACAAAAUGUUUUCUAAUUUUUUUGUUAUUCCUUGACUAUACAUGAAAUUUCCUAAAAGCUAAACAUUUAAAAGUUGUAUUUUGUUGCAGCUUUGGUGGGUGCUCUGUUUAGGUCCCCAGCCAGCAGACAAUUAGAUAUCUAUUUGUAUUGCCCUUUAAUGCAAGUAGGUAUAUUGAACAUCUGAGGUGCAGAAUAGCUGCAUCAUAUUGACUCUGUGCAUGGUCACCAUUAUUUAUCUAAGAUGCAAUGACUCAAUUUUUUUUUAAGUAUUGUUGCAGCAAAAUGUAUUUAUUUAUCUGGAUGUGACUGAUUACUUGAACAAUUUGGAUUUCUUUUGCUCAGCGCUAUUCUGUACUGUUUUCUAUUGUCAUUACAGUGAAAUGAUUGACCAGUGUGAUUUAUUGUUCACUAUUGUUCAAUUUAGUUUUAUUCAAAGAACAUUUUUGUCAUCAUCAAUACUUAUAUAUGAAUUUAUGUUUUAAAGCACACUAGGGUUAACAUUGUGAUUCCAAUAGAUGACAGGUGUAGUGUUGUGAAAUUGAAAACAAAAUCAAUACCCAAGUUUCCCAAAGCAUCACUCACUACGUUGUGUUGUACUCUUCUCGUUUCUCCCAGAUCUAUAAAAACGGGUUCUCUUUGCAGUCUUUUGUGGUGACCUAAACUAGGGAAAAUAGAUAUAAAUUAAAGAAGCCACAAAUGUUUUGUGAAACUGGGUCAAGUAAGCCUCAAUGUUCCUAUAACUCACUGUCAAACAUCACACCUUGAAAAAUGAAUUGUAGAAAUGUAGAUGUAGAAAAAGAACACCCUUUACAUUCAAGUUAAACCUUAUCAAUGAAAAUCUUUAAAUACUUAGAUAGGAUGCUUGUAAUUGAAGAAAUGCAUAACAGCAGUGUCCCCAUAAUACUUACAGACACGGUAUGGCAUUGUCACAAUUUGACAAACGUAAAUGUUGAUAUUUGUUGUUUCUAAAUUCUAAUCUAAGUUCCUAGACAUUUGAUUCAGUCUUCCCAUUCUGCACCCAUCCCCUCAACUCCAUCAUAUAUAUUGUACGUAUAUACAUUUUUUAUGACUGACAUGAAUGGUAGCAGAUGUCAACAUGUGCGGGACAUGUAGCCUUUAAGGUGGAGUGAGUAUUUGCAUAGAGACAUAUUCAGUUACUCUAAAUGCAAAAGGCAGAAAGUAAAUAUAAUCAGUAAACACAUGAAAAAUAAAUCAGGGGAUUUGGAUAACACUUAACAGAAAUGAAUGUAACUGGGUUGCUCAGGGUUGACUUGGAGCAUAUUAAAACUACUGGUCCAUCAGCUCUCUGACUUUUAUGUACAAGAUAAGGAUGAUUCAUUCAUAAAUAUUUUAGUUUUUAUUUUAUUAAGCUGGAAGUUGUUACAACAUACUUUAUUGUAGGCAUGGGCGCCACCAAUCUGCUAGUUUUAAUUACUUGAAAAAUAUCCUUGCAGCAAAAUGGAGACGGUCCAGAAAUAUUAAAAGAGUAUAGUAAACAGUGUUGAUUCUAUUGUUUAAGCUGUUUAGAAAAAAGGGGCUUGCCUGGCUACCUGAGCUGUCAUAAACCCUAUAAAUCUCUAACAAUGUCAUUUGAGAAGAACAGGUGACCUAUUCAAAAAAUAUCUCUUCUUAAUUCUGCUAAAUUAGAAUAGUUAUAAUCUAAUCUGAUUAAGUUAAUCAUAUUACAAAUAGUCACUCAAACAUGUUAAUGAAAUAAAUGAUAUUGGAGGCCAGUCUAAGUUGUGGUAGCCAGGUAACUACAAACGGUGCCUCAGAUGACUUUUCUUUCUCUGCAAAAACCAGAAUUGAUAUGACGACCAAAUGACAGACAAAGCUACUGUUCAGAGGGGACCGUUCCUCUCAAACAAAGCUUGCAAAGGUCUUGAUGAAAUCAAACAAAAGAACAGAAAAGUAAAAUUUGGCUUUGAUCCUGCCAAGAUGAAUUGAUCAUCAUCUGGACUCAUGCAUCAUAACGUUGUCACAAUGCAAGAAACCGUUGCUGUACAAACGAGUAGAGUAAAAAUAUAUCAAUAUAUAAAAUAUAUAAACUAUUAUGUAUUUCAGGGAAUGC